UUUCAGAUCAAAAAGGAAAGAUGCAUUUUAUAAAAAAAGUGGCAACAACGGAAGAGCAAAAGUUGAAGAAAGAAAAGGAAAGAGCUGAAAAAUUGAAAAUUUAUUGCAAACUAAGGAAUCGGAUUGUUGAAAAACGUAUGAAAGGUGAGUUGGAUGAGGAAAUGUUGUCGCUAACUGCUCCUUUGCUUGAAAAAAACCCGGAUAUUUACACAUUUUGGAACAUCCGUCGCCAAGUUACUACUUUAUUAUCUAAGAAAUUACCAGAAGAAAGCGACGAACAAAAUAUAGUUCGAAAGGACCAUACAUUCCAUUCAGAAAUAAAAUUGACAGAAGCUAGCUUAAAGGUAAAUCCCAAAUCGUAUUGUGCGUGGUUUUAUCGCUUUUGGUGCUUUAAACAGUUGUCAGAUCCAGACGUGGCGGAAGAAUUAGCAGCUUGUGAGAAAUUCCUGAAGUUGGAUGGCAGGAAUUUUCACUGUUGGGAUUAUCGCCGAGAAGUAGCGCAAUUUGGUAUUCAAUCAGCUGAAGAAGAACUCAAGUUUUCAGACAGAUUGAUAGAUGAAAACUUCAGUAACUAUUCCUCAUGGCAUUAUCGCUCGUCUCUUCUGCCGUCAUUAUUCCCUGAUGCUGAAAAUCAGCUAACUUUGAACCGACAAGCAUUAUAUAAUGAAUACAAAAAACUAGAAAAUGCAUUUUUUAUGGAUCCCGAAGAUCAAAGUGCUUGGAUAUACGCUGAAUGGCUUUUGCUAUCCAACGGAGUGAAAAAGAAAUAUGAUAUUAAUAAUACCCAUUUAUUGGGAUUGGUAUUCGAUUUCACUCGCAAAUGGAAUCAAACCACAGUUUCAUAUUUAUCAGUUACAUUUGACCGCGCUGUAAAAUUGGCAAUGAUAUCUAAUUUUUUGAUUGUAAAGAUGAAGAAUGGUGAUCAGUGGACUCCCAUCAUGAAUUCCGAAAUGACAAAUCGUAGGGCAUUUCGCGCUAGUAAUUCAUAUCGAUUUGAAAUCGAUGGCGAAAUAGCCGAAUGUCAGUUACGUCCUUCAAUUCAUGAUUCGUUUGGGAUCGUCGAUAUGGAACGAGGAUAUGUUGAUUUGCAAAAAAUUUUCCACAUAUACCACAUUAAAUGCAAACCAGUUAGUGAAGCUCGAAGACAUAUCAUCGAAAAACUAAUGGAUAAUUGUCAGGAAUUACUGGAAGAGCUAAAAGUUGACCAGAAGGACGAGAUUUUAAAGUGGCCACUUCUUACGUAUACCUUUGCGAUCUUAGAAUUAGAACCGAUUAAAAUGCUUUCGACAAUUUUGACGAACUUGGAGGCAUUGGCCAGAAAUAUCGAUCCACAACGAUGCGAAAUGUAUAAUGAGAUGGCUAUGAAUCUACGAAUUAACGAAAAGCUACGCGAGAAGUUAGGUGAUGUACGGAGGAUAGAUAUUUUAUUCAGACAUGUUGAAGGUCAUUUUGCCGGAGAACUAAAGCUGGAUAAUAUGGGUUUGAAAAGCAUUGACCAUUUAAAAUAUUUGUCAUCAUUUAUCACACGUUUGGAUCUUACUGGGAAUAGAUUCACCAAUUUAUGCAGUUUCAAACCUUUUCGACGUUUAACUCAUUUACGACUUUUUGGAAAUCCUAUUACCAGUUUUGAAGGUAUCAGUAUGUUGCCACGGUUGGAUUAUCUGGGCGUUAUCGAAUUGGCCAUGAACAAUUUGGAUAUUAAGGACAACUUUGUAUUGGGGAAAAUUGGAAUAUUGGAAUUUGAAGAAUCGGGGCAGCCAGUCAAAGUGUGGGCAAAGUAAUUCGUCCCAGAUAUUGAGUAAAUUGUUUGUCACAAACAAUGUUCUACUAAUGCAUAUUUCUUUUUAACGUACUUUCAUUCUUGUUUACUUUUUUUUGCAUACUUUUAUCAAUUUACUUUAAGGGUUAGGUUAGAAGAAUGAUUUCUUUGCGAUUUAUCAAAGGUAAUUAUAUUAGAUUCCGUCAAAAGUGUUUGCAGAUCCAGGUGUUUUUUGAAUUAGUAUGUACAACUUUCGCUAUCUGUCGGACAGUUUCCAUCUAUUAUUUCAGAGAAAAUGGAUCGAUUUUUGAGUAGCUAAAAGAAAUUGUAAAUAUUCGAAAUUUUCGUAGAGAAAGUGGUUUUUGUGCUUGUCAGCUAAAUAGAUAAGGUUGAAUUGGAUGUUUUUGAUAAGCAUUUGCAAGAUCCAAAAUGAUAAUAUGGAUAGGCCGAUAACUUUUGAGACUGAAGUGGCGAAUAGAUCGGAAUUCG